AUGUCUUCAAAAUUGACCCAAUCUCGUCCUUCCAAUAUUGAACUUUUCAAAACUGAACAAUACUACAUAUUUGUUAAAAAUGAAUAUAGUUUGUGGUGGAACAGAACCACAGGAGAACUCACUCCUAAAACAGGUUGGGAUUUAGCAUCUGCCAUUGAUCCGGAAUGUCUGGGAAUUUGCUAUGGUAUAAUAGGAAAAGUUCAAAUAGAUUCUAUUGUGGAACCAAGGCUUGUAUUGAUCAAAGAGUUUAAAGCUGUGGGAGAGUAUGUUGAUGGUCAUGUGAUAUACAAAAUUAAGUCUGUAGCUUUUUUAUCGCUUGGAAAUCAUGAUUCUUUAAAUUUGACCACUUGUAAAAAACAUCAACAUUUUACUUUUACCAAAAAAAGCGGUUUUUUCGAUCAAAAAUCGACAUUUGCCAAAACGUUGGGAGCUGUUAAAUCUGCGACAAACAGUAUUAAAAAUUCGACUCAACAAGCUGCAGCUUUGGCCAUACCUCAAGUUAAAUUUAAAUUUAUUUCCAAAGACAAAGAUAAGUUUGAAAAAAGAAUUCUCGAUGAACUCAAUAAAAUUUUCACAGACACUGAUAGUUUUUAUUUUUCAAUGACUUAUGAUCUCACAAAUUCUCUUCAAAGGCAUCACGAUUUGAAUUUGAAAAAUAGUAAUAAUAAUAAUAAUAAUAAUAACUGGCAAAAUAUUGAUGACAGAUUUUUUUGGAAUAAAUACAUGAUUCGUGAUAUGCUAAACAGCCAAAGUAAUUUAUUUGACCCGUGGAUUUUUCCCGUCAUUCAAGGUUUUGUGCAAAUUGAAAAUUGUAAAGUUGAAAUAGGCUGUGAUUUUAUUGAAAGUGAUAAUUUCAUAUCGAAAUAUGAACAUUUCAAGAUAAUAUUGAUAUCGAGGAGAAGUAGACACAGAGCUGGGACUAGGUAUAAAAGAAGAGGCGUGGACGAUGAUGGAAAUUGUGCAAACUAUGUCGAAACGGAACAGAUUUUAGUUUAUGGAAAGCAUAAAUUUUCAUUUGUUCAAAUAAGAGGAUCCGUUCCGAUAUUUUGGUCUCAACCCGGUUACAAAUACAGACCCCCACCGAGAUUGGAUAGGGGGCCGGCGGAAACUCAAAUUAUUUUUGAAAAACAUUUUCAAAAAGAAAUAGAAACGUACGGACCGAUAUGCAUCGUUAAUUUAGUUGAACAAACGGGAAAGGAAAAAAUAAUAUGGGAUGCUUACACCAAUCACGUUCUUGCCUACAAUGAACCCAAAAUAACCUACGCAACGUUCGACUUUCACGAAUAUUGUCGCGGAAUGAGGUUCGAAAACGUUUCCUAUUUAACGGCUAGUCUGGAAGAAGUUGUUAAAAACAUGGGUUACUGUUGGAAAGAUGAAGAAGGACUUAUAUGUCUUCAAAAUGGAGUUUUCAGAGUUAACUGCAUCGAUUGUUUAGAUAGAACUAAUGUCGUUCAAACGGCAUUGGCAAAAUUCGUUUUGGAAAUUCAAAUGACUAAACUGGGAUUAAUCGUUCCCGAGGGUCAGCUACCUCAAAUGGUUCGAACCACAUUCCAAUUAUUAUGGGCGAAUAAUGGUGACAUCAUAAGUAAGCAGUACGCAGGAACGAACGCUUUAAAAGGGGAUUACACGAGAACGGGCGAGAGAAAGUUUACCGGAUUGAUGAAAGACGGAAUGAAUUCGGCCAAUAGGUACUAUUUAAGUCGAUUCAAAGAUGCCUACCGUCAAGCCAGUAUUGACAUGAUGUGUGGGAAUGAAAUUUCAGAAGAAAUUUUUAACACGGAACAAAAAGGAGAUGAAGAAGAUAGCGUAGCCACAGCAGAGCAUGUUAAACUACUCAUAGAAGACAGUAAAAAAUUAUUAAUUAAUGAUCUUGAUAUGAUUUUGGGAAGUUGGGGUUUAAUCGAUGCCGAUCCUGUAACGGGAGAUUCGUCAGAAACGGAUAUGGAUACCAUUUUAAUAUUAACAAAAGAUGCUUAUUAUGUGGCCGAUUACGACGAACAAAUAGACAGAGUGACCAAAUAUCAAAAAGUCAAAUUAAAAGAUGUCGUCAUGAUAGAAUUGGGCCCGAAUAUCAUUCAGUCGAAUAACGUGUCGUCCAUGUUUAAAUUUAACAAAUCUGCAAACAUCGAACAAUAUUGUUUUAGAAUUCAUUAUUUGGUGGACGGAGAAGACGGAUAUUUUCACAUGUUUCGUUCGACUAAUUUAAGAUUUUUCAACAACAUGACUGUGGUCAUUAAAUCCGCGGAAGAAAUGCAGGAAUCUUUAAAGGCCAUAUGCGAAACAUUUUUAGUAGCUUUCGAAAUAGCUCAAUUACCUCCCGUUAUGUACGUCCAAGGAAAAGUUAUGGAUAAGCAAAAAUCAAAAUUGUUAGAUCCGGACGUUUAUUGCCGUUUGGGAAGUUACCUCGAUUUAGGUUUGACUCAAGGUUUGACGAGAAACAUAUCCGAAACGCAAUUGGUUUCGUUGAAAAGUGCCGGGACAAAAGCUCUCAAUAACAUAACUCAACAGUUUUCCAAAAUCAACAGGUUAGGACAAAGUCUUAGGAAAAGUCCCAAUCAACGAAUGAAUAAAUUAAAAAAUUUGCCGUCGCCCCCUUGCGUAUCGAUCGAGAGUCAAAUCGAAAGUCGUCGACACCGGACAUCGUUUGAUUAUUUUGACGAUUUGUGUCCUUUGCUCCGAAUUCGUCACAUGCAUAUGCUCAACGUCGGAAUACUCAUGAAAAAUGAAAAUCCAAAAUCUAAAUGUGCGUCAAUUAAUAAUGCCAACACCACUCGAUUGCUUGCAUCACCGUCGAAAUUCAUCGACGUCGAAAUCGUAUCGAAAAAAUCGAAAAUUCCAUUUCUACAUUCGAAAACGGACGUGACGUUCGAUAAGGAAAAAUUGGACGAAUCCAUGAAAACGUAUCGAGAAUUUUUAGCGAUCAAAGGCUCGGAUAAGAGUAAAUUGUCGCCACCGAAAACUCUCAACAUCAACCGGAAACUCUCGCGUUCGUCGAACGAAAUUGAAGAAGAGAAAAAGAGAAAGGAAAUGAACGAUCCUCUCGCGAAAAAUUUCCUUUCGACUUCCGACAAGGAUGUGAGUUGCAAUCUCGUGUCGUCGCAAAGCGAAAACGCAUUGAAAUCGUUGAAAGCAAAUUUUGCUAGCGUUAUAACGUCUCCCGCGGCCGUCACCAAAGACAUGCUUUCGCCUUUUUCGAAAUUGGCCAAAGGCGUUCACAGUUUGGGAGCCAAUUUGGAUCCGAGAAAAUUGAAAGGAAUGAACCCGUUGGAAAACUCUUACAAAAUGACGGAGAGUCACAUCGAGGGAUUGAAAAAAUUGGACGAAAGGUGGAAAAAUUGCAACGUCAAGCUUAUAGCUCUGUAA